AUGCCGUCCACCGUCGUUCAGAACAUCACGGCACGCUUCCACCGAGGUAGCAGCCAGAGUGCCGGCAACGACCGCGAAAACGCCCAUCUGAGAGAGGAGGAGAAGCAAAAGCUGGCGAACUGGGAGGCCGAGAAGCGCCCGUUGGAGAUCGAAGAGAUCAUCGUCGCCCCCGAGAAGAAGGUCAUCGGUCACAGCAGCAAGGUCCUGAAGCGGAACGACUUUGACCUCGUCACCACGCUGGGCACCGGCACGUUCGCACGCGUCUGGCUGGUCAAGUUGAGCCAGCGCAAGAACCCGGAGGACCAGAAGAAAGUCUUCGCGCUGAAGAUCCUGCGCAAGACGGACGUCAUCCGGUUGAAGCAGGUGGAGCAUGUGCGCAACGAGCGCAACGUCCUCGCCGCCGUCGCCGGCCACCCCUUCAUCACCACCAUGGUCGCGAGCUUCCAGGACCAUGACAACCUGUACAUGCUGCUGGAGUAUUGCCCGGGAGGGGAGGUGUUCUCGUACCUCCGGCGCGCGAGGCGCUUCAACGAGCCCACCUCGCAGUUCUACGCCGCGGAGAUCGUCCUGAUCUUGGAGUUCCUGCACGGGACCGAGGGCGUCGCCUAUCGCGAUCUCAAGCCCGAGAACAUCCUCAUCGACGCCGACGGGCACCUGAAAUUGGUCGAUUUCGGAUUCGCCAAGAAGAUUGACAAUCGAGAAACAUAUACACUCUGCGGAACGCCCGAGUAUCUCGCGCCCGAGGUCAUCCGCAACACGGGCCACGGCACCGCCGUCGACUGGUGGGCCUUUGGGAUCCUCGUCUACGAAUUCCUCGUCGGCCAACCCCCCUUCUGGGACCAGAACCCGAUCAAAAUCUACGAGCAGAUCGUCGAGGGCAAGGUGCGAUACCCCAGCGCCAUGUCGGCCGACGCGCGGGAUCUCAUCGGCGGCCUCUGCACCGUCGACGUGACCAAGCGCCUCGGGAACGUGAAGGGCGGCGCGGCCACGGUCAAGAAACAUCCCUGGUUCAAGGACGUCGAUUGGGAUGCCAUGUACCACCGUCGCACCCAAGGCCCGAUCGUGCCGCAUCUGCGAUCGAACGACGAUACGAGGAACUUCGACGAGUAUGACGCCGAGCCAGUCCACAGGGAUGAGUACACGAAGGAACUAUUCGACAAGUACGACCGCUCGUUCGAGGACUUUUGA